AUGGCGACUGUAAAGCCAGUCACUGUUUUGUUCUUGUCGGUAGCCAUCCUGCCGACUACGGCGUUCGCUGUGGAGCCGUCCGCUGCUGACAGGCUCCGUAGUAUUGAGAACGAGGCAUCUGCGGUAUUAUCUGGUGGUCUGCCAAGCACCGCCGCAGAGUCUGAUGUUCCAGAUCCCGAGGUAUACGAAGAUAAUCCCACAUUCAUUGCGCUGCGAUCCAUUGAAGAACCGAUGACCAACGUUCGUCCCCGAACCAAACCGGCGCAGAAGAAGAAGAUCUUCGAUAUGGCUCUGGGUGCAGCCCUGUAUCUUCUUCUUGCCUUUGGAGGGGUCUUUGCUCUUCACAACAUGAAUAGGCAGGCACCUGCGGUGUCUCGCGCAGCGCCUGCUGCAACGCUCGAGGCGCUGGAGGAGUCUUUCUCAGCGCCUGAGGAAUCUGGCGACAUGCCGGAGGAGUCUCCCGCAGCUCCUGAGGAGUCUCUUGAAGCGCCUGCUGCAACGCGCGAGGCGCUGGAGGAGUCUUUCUCAGCGCCUGAGGAAUCUGGCGACAUGCCGGAGGAGUUUCCCGCAGCUCCUGAGGAGUCUCCUGAAGCGCCUGCGGCAGCGCCCGAGGCGCCUCUGGAGGACUUUGGUGACUUUCGUUUAACCACGGAGGUGACGAUGUACGUCUAG